GUGGCCAAUGGGGGUUCAACACGAGUCGACGUAGCCACGUUUCAGAUCAUUGAAAUUUUUGUGUUUUUGUUAGCAGCAGUUCUCACUCCUCACUUGCUAGUAGUACAUCUCCUGGUUGUCAGACUGUACUCAUUUUUUUGUAAACAUGAAGUAUGUAUUAUAUAUAUUUUUUACAUUAUUAGGUGCUGUUAUAAGCGAUGAAGAAAUUAAAAGUGAUCAAGGUGUGUUAGUGUUGACAAGUAAAAAUUUCAAGACUGCCAUUUCGAAUAAUGAACAUGUCCUCGUAGAAUUCUAUGCGCCGUGGUGCGGGCACUGCAAGGCGCUAGAGCCGCAGUUCGCCAAGGCGGCCCAGAGCCUGGUGGACGCCGGCUCCGCCAUCAAGCUGGCCAAGGUGGAUGCCACGGAGGAGACGGAUCUGGCGGAGGAGCACGCCGUCCGGGGCUACCCCACCCUCAAGUUCUUCCGCGGCGGCCAGCCCAUCGACUACAGCGGCGGUCGCACGGCUGAUGAGAUCGUCAACUGGUUGGUGAAGAAGACCGGGCCCCCGGCGAAGGAGCUCAACUCCGCUGACGAGUCCAAGGAGUUCAUAAAGUCGUCGAAGGUGGUCGUUGUGGGCUUCUUCAAGGACCCAGCCUCGGACUUUGCCAAGAGCUUCCUGGCGGUGGCGGGAUCGGUGGACGACUACCCGUUCGCCAUCACUUCCUCGGACGCGGUCUUCAAGGAGCACGGUGUGGAGGGGGAGCGGGUCGUGCUCUUCAAGGAGUUUGACGACAAGCGCGCGGACUUGGAGAAGGAGCAGUCGGAGAAGGACAUCAAGGCAUUUGUGCUGUCGCAAUCUCUGCCCCUGGUCGUGGAGUUCAACCACGAGACGGCUCAGAAGAUAUUCGGUGGCGAGAUCAAGAGCCACCUGCUGCUCUUCCUCUCUCAGAAGGAGGGGCACUUCGACACACUGCUCGAGAACGCGCGAAGCGUCGCCAAGGAGUUCCGCGAGCAGGUGCUGUUUGUGUCCAUCAACACGGACGAAGAGGACCACCAGCGCAUCCUCGAGUUCUUCGGCAUGAAGAAGGAGGAGGUGCCGGCCAUGCGGCUGAUCCGGCUCGAGGAGGACAUGGCCAAGUACAAGCCUGAUGACGCCGAGAUCUCGGCCGACAAUGUCCGCUCCUUCGUGCACACCUUCCUCAAGGGCAAGCUCAAGCAACACCUGCUGUCCCAAGACUUGCCACAGGACUGGGAUGCGAAGCCAGUGAAAGUGUUGGUGUCGACCAACUUCGACCAGGUGGUGAACGACCCGAAGAAGGAUGUGCUGGUGGAAUUCUAUGCACCGUGGUGCGGCCACUGCAAGCAGCUAGCCCCCAUCUACGACCAGCUGGGGGAGGCGUACAAGGACAACGAGAGUGUGCUUGUUGCCAAGAUGGACGCUACAGCCAAUGAGCUGGAGCACACAAAGAUAACCAGCUUUCCCACCAUCAAGCUGUACACAAAAGAAAAUAAGGUGAUAGAGUACAGCGGGGAGCGCACGCUCGAGGGGCUGUCCAAGUUCCUGGAGACAGGAGGAGAGUACGGUCAGGCGCCCCCAGAGGAGGUGAGUUCUGUGCUGUGCUGUGCUGUGCUGGCUCACACUUACUGGUACACAUAUCCAUUGUGAGCAGGGUGUCCACAUUCUGGGAAGUCAGAGAAGUUUGAGUUGUUUGGGAAAGUAUUUGAAAUGCUUGAAAAGUAGCCUUGUACAAAUAUUCAAAUUAACGAAUACAAAUACAAAGAAUAAACUAUUUGUAUUCAAUUUGACCUCGAAUAACAAUAGUUUGAAAUAACGAAUAUUCGUUUGCUUAUGAAUACUUGGCAUAGUAUACCUCAUGAGUUUGUCAUAUACCAACGUUCACUGGUGAGAUUGUCAUUUGUGCGGUAUAUAAAUACCCGUUUUUAUGUUUAAUGGGACUUCAUAAUCAAAAACAUGGACAGUAAGCGAUGUUUUAAACAUGCAAGAAGUAUUAAGGUUUUUUUUUUCUGCUAAUGUCACUAAACAGUAAUGAAAUAAAUCAAACUACUCAAAACAUCAAAAUUUGUUAUUUCAAACUUAAAAACUAAUUCUUAUUUGUAUCUUUUUUGUCACACGUACCAAAGUGGGAAAAAAUCAAAAUAAAAAAUUAACAACUGUGGACUAAAACACCACAAAACACGGACACUUCAUUGAUAUGGGAAUGAAAAUAAGUAAUCAUCAUAGUUUCAACAGCGUAUAAAUUGAUAGUCACAAUCAAUCUAGCAUCAUGUGAUUCAGAAGUAGCUUACCUGCUGUACGUAUCUAUUACGAAACAGACGUUGUGACUCUAAAAGUAUAUAAAUAAACGUAAAUAAUGGUUUAAGAUGCAAGAUAAAAUUAGCAAAAAUUGUGGUUAUAAUAUUGCUGAAUUAAAAUUCAAUUUACCUAGCUGCCAUUAACAACAAAAACUCGUGAAUAGGGAUGGGGCGAAUCCUGAUUUCCUCGAAUCCGAAUCCUAACUCAAAUCCUCGACUGGAAUUGCCGAAUCUCGAACCCAAACCCGAAUCUUUUAACAGAUGAUGUUCACAUAUCUAAUGUAAGUGAGAUGUAUUCUGCUUGCACUAAAAGUCCCUUGACUUUAUCACAUGUAGUUUGGUACAUUUCUGGUAUAAGUGUAUAUAAAGACAAACAUUUUUUCUUGAGAAAUUUCCGUUUUAGUACAGAUUAGCGGUUAGGAUUUUUUCUAUAAAUAAGCUAGAGGUCUGCGAGCCUAAGAAUUUUACUUCGAGCCGAGCUCGAGCAUUUGUGGUACAGUUACACUUUUGGUAAAUUAUUUUUAUCUUAAACUUAGUAUAAUGUUUGAAUAAAGUAUUAAAAUGAAGUGGGCUUAUUAAUUUUGGGUAACUAUUUACAGUGUGUGUUUACAUUUUGCACUGCUAGAAAAAAAAUAUUUUUUUCCAUUGAAUCUUACCUGUUUCCAUUGGUUCAUUAGUAACUGAUAUCAUCCAACUAACAUAACCAAGUAUAUGUUUGUGUAAAUGUAACACAUCUUUGGAAUAAUUUCAUCCUUGUCAAUUUUUCUGGAGUCCUUACUGAGCUUCAACAAACUUAGCACCAAAAAUCAUGUUGAUUGAGAAGUACAUUCACAUUGUUUCAACAUUUCCACUUUUCAGCACAAUAAUUCUGAGAGAUUGUCACAGAGUAUUAAAUUAUGUUCUUUAAUCUAUCAUGCAGAACAAUAAUUUGUUCUGCACGUUCAGGAGUUAAAUUAGCUCUACGAUUGAAGAUAGUGUUUCCAGCAGAAGAGAAGCUUCUCUCGCUGGCAACCUGCUUGGCUGGAAUGCUUUAGUAAAAUUGCUUAACCUCAAAAUUAGUGUCAUAAAUAUCUGUAACUGGUCAUUAAAGUUUAAUCAAUUGAAAGUAAUAAAAAUAAAAGCAUUUUACUUCAUUCAAUUUACACUUGCAAAAAAAACACACACACAUUAACCUACAUGGAAAUUAAAGUCUUUUUCAAUAUCCUGAAGUCUGAAAUAUGUUUACUCAUGUCAUUAAAUGUAGAGCUGUAUUGAAGAAGCCGAUUUUGCCAAUAUUUAGUUGAAUCGGCAUUUCUGCCGACUUCCGAUACAGUACGCUUGUUAAUUUUCGGCAAAUAUUACUGAAAAACGAAAGAGACUGCCAUAACCUAAAAAUCCACGAGUACCAUUUUCACUUUUCGUAGUAAUACUGCAUUCUUUCACAUCACAUUAUUUCUUAGCAAAAUGUGCCAACCAUACAUAUCAAAGUUUAACAUCCUUUUUUUUUUUUCAACAAUGUUCUUUAAUUUAAUAUGUCAUAAAUAAAUAAUACAUUACUAUCACGGUAAAUAUACAUCUCGGUUGUUACGGUAACUAUUGUGCAAAUAUGGUAGCUAUCAUGCUUCUGUAGUAAUUAUGGUAUUCUACAAAGAAUAUUGUUCUUAUUAUGGUAAUUAUCUUAAAAUAUAUAUUGGGUUUGUACUGUAGUUAUGGUACAUCAUCCAUAUUUCUUCGUAUGUUGUUGUUCAUUUGUCUUUUCUUCAUAUUUACGUGCGCCAUUACUUGAGACAGGAAGUUUCAGAAAAAAUUUUAACGAUCUUUAUCACACACAUUUAAUGGCGUAAAUGAUGAGACCUCAGCAAUUUAAACGCUUUAUAAGGAAAAACCUACUAUGCGGGACCUCGUAAGCAAGUUUUACUGUAUUUUUUUUCCGUAAAUAGUAAAAAACCGAAUCCUUUGACGAAUCCUAUAUCAGACCCGCCGAAUCUUCGAAUCCCUAGGAUUCGGCGGAUUCGGCGGAUAUUGGAUUCGGUCGCCCCAUCCCUACUCGUGAAUAACUAGAGUUUAAAUAUGUAAAUAUAAACUCAAUCAAUCACUAAUUUGGAAAUACGAAAUUUAAAAAAAAUAUUCACAUUUUUCGUAAAAUAGAUUGCAACACUAAAACAAAAUGCAAGCCAGAACAAAUGCAAACUAUUGUUGUAGUACACACCACGAAAGAGCGCGGGCCAUCGAUUGUAGUUAACUCGGCACUCGACAGAGAGCGCGCGUUGCAUGCAAUCAGUGAGAUAUUGAUAUUUAACUACUUGUGCACACUCUAUACGGGGAGCAACAUAACCAAACAUGAAUGAUGCCUACUAGCGCUGGCUACAUUUUUAUAAGCGGUACAUCGCAGCGACGCAGACGAACAACGUUAAAAAAUGUCUUUAAAAGAAAGUUUAUACAUCAGAUAAUUUUGUAUUUCCAUUAAUUAAAUAAGUAAGUGGUAAAUCCAAAUAAAUAUUAGAUUUCUACUUUCAAAUACAUCGUUUUAUGCGGAAAAAAUACCUACACAAAGCGUUCUGAAUCUAAUAGCGGGACCAACAACUAGGCCUGUGCGAAGCUUCGCAAAUGUGAAUCGAUUCAAAUACAUUUUAAAGUUUCGCAGGUUUAGAAUAAUUCCACUACCGACUAAUAGCGUGCGCGAGUAGACAAUCGAUCCUUACUUUGGAACAAUCGAUAUUGCCUCUUGACACAAUGGUCUGCGCUUGUUAAGUUUUUAAAAACCACGAAAAGAUACUGGUAAUUAGCGGACCGGAGAUUGUGACUGAUUUAAACUCAGAAAAUACGCCCAAAAGAAGAAAGAGUGAAGUAUGGCAUUAUUUCACAAAAGGGAAUGACGACGUUGUGAAAUGCAACUCCAGUAAUGUGAAACUAAAAACGCUAUGAGGUAAAUUACUUUGCGACGCUAAAUUUGUUUGAAAUAAAAAUGGUGCCAUCUAUGUAUGCCCAUUUACUGUGCAAACCAAAAGUUUAUUAAUUCAAACUUGACGGAAAUAUACAGUUUUAAUUACUGUAACCUAAAUGUCCCGUUUUAGUUACUCCAACCUACAGUCAAACCUCUCUGAAAAACCCCUCUCGGUUCCCAGGAAUACGGUCGUAAUAGAUGUUUUCCGAAAUUUUAAUUUGAUUUCAACACCCCCCCCCCCCCCCCCUCCCAAACCGCUACUCGCUACUCGCUAAGACCCAAACCGCUACUCGCUAAGAAACCAGCCGUACAAUGGCAGGAUGCUGUGUCACUCACAAUUCUAGACGGCUUUGCUUUAAACCCACUUCAACCUUCAUGACAAGUCCGUCGCCCUACAGGCCACCUCUAAAGAAAAUAUGUCAAUAGACAGUUUAUUUUUACUGGUUAGUUUACAUGUACGUUUUCUGCUUGCCGUAGUUAAAUACACUAGAACCCCGAUUUCACGAACCCUGGAUUUAACGAAGCAGUGAUUUUACGAAUACAUUCUCGAGAAUCGUCAAAAAAUUGGACAUUUUGACCAAAAUGUGAAAAUCAGAAGAAAAAAAAAUAAAAAAAAAACGAAAUGAAAGAUCAUUAAAAUCUGUUCAUUUUAACACACAGCGUAUUUUUGUGUUGGCUUUAAUACUUCCAAUAAUGUUCAUGUAAGAAUAACAAAAAAUUAAUGGGAUAUUUCCUUUAAAAAUACGGCACCAGUAGCUUGUGCAACGUAAAUGGGAGCGCUGGAAUAUCGUCUAGACAGGCUGGCGGCAGCACAGGCGGCGGAUGCAUGACGUCAUACGGCUUACCUCUCCUUCCCUUGGCCAGACUUCAAGGUUCAUCCCUCCCAGGCAUGCAAACCAUCGUGUCUCUCUCCCCCUCCUCACUCAACGUCCUUUGGCAUGUGAAACUGUCAACAUCCUUCCUCCCCUUCCCCAAACUGCGUGCAACGAAAGCAAGGUUUGUUAUAGUCCAUUUCUGGUAAAAUGAAAAAUUUUUAAGAGCCCCCGCGACAGCCAUUUACCGUUAAUUGUUUGGAUACAAUUUGUUUGUUAGUUACACAACAUUAUUUCUGCUGGAAAAUCACUGAAACUUCAAAAUUUCUUUAAUGGAAAAAUUUAGCAGGGCCGUAAAAGUAUUCAUUUUUGCCGCAAAUGAACUAUACUUGCCCUUCCUGCCAGACAACAUUCUCGGCGCGUGACGCAUGGCAACUACAGUCGUGUGCUGCGCACAGCUACGAAAAACCUACGCGAUUUCCAAACUAUACUAUAUAUCCGACUGGAGUCUGUUUACGAAAAGCAUUUAAGAAUUUGUUAAUGCCCAACUGGUUCUAUUAAGAUAAAAUGGCUAAAAGGCAUGUUUUCGAAGUUUUAGGUGUAAAAAACCCGUUACAAAUUUCUUGAAAGUAUCAGAGGGAAAUGCAUUACACCUUUAUCUUUAUUUUUCCGCCAUAUAAUUUUACGGUCACCGCUCAAAUUUCACAGUUAUCUGACGGGAACGAGAUGACUGCGCGCCAGUUCAGAGCCUUGCACUUAGAGGUUUUACCGCGCUAAAACUACCAUUGAGCGUCGCUCUUAUCAUCCCGCUUCACUAACACAUGCUGACCAGACGGCACCCUAAAGCUGAUUAGAGGAAGCAUGUAGAAAUGCAAGGCAGGAAAUUUUUCCAGCUUAUCAACCAGGACCCGGGCAAGUCUUGACUAUCAAGCUUUUCACAUUAAAAUAUAAGAGACUUGUAUUGUGUAAUUUCGGUGUUAUUUAGCGGUUUUUCUUAAAAAUUGCUUUUUUCGCAUUUUUCAUAUAAAUUCGCGGAAAAUUUCGCGAUUUUGCGAUUCACCAUAUAAUCGUGGCCCUAGUUAUUACUCGCGCGAGAGGCGAGACGUGGAAUGUUAGAAGAAAGAUAAAUGCGGGGAAGACAGACGGCAGCCAGUGUGUUUCCUGCGCGGGGAAUAAGUGGCGUAGCCUUUUUUUUUUAUGCUGGGUGAAGCGACCUUUUUCUAUCAACCCACGGGAAAAGAUAAUUGCUUGAGCUGUCAAAAUAAACAUCGCUGCGGCAGUUAAAACAAGUCGAGGCGGGUGUGCAUCCAGUCGGUCGCUGUGUAUUGUCAACCGAUAAUAAUCAAAAUCAAGAGAAAUCCAGCAGGUAGCUUUGCCUUAACUACCACACUAGACACUCGCAAAAAGCUAAACGUAAACACGUUGCCACAAAAACCUUUAUCUGCACCCUGCCGGCAAAGGGACGUGGAAUUGGGGUUGUUAAGCGCUGAAAGCGGUCGACAGAAAGCACUCGGCAAGAGAAACGCAGUAACACGCUACUCACCACAAGAAACUUAUUUUCUGUCAGAUUUUCUUCGGAUUUUCGGCAAUAUUUCACGGUUCCUUGAAAUCGGGUUGUAAUAGAGAGGUGGUCGCAAUAAUGGGGUCGCAACAAAAAGGUUUUACUGUAACUUUACUUUCAGUAGCAAUAUGUGGUUUUGUGAAUAGUCAGUAUAUUGAAUCGAUUACUAAUUUUAAUAAAAUUACCUACCAAUAUGUAACUUGCAUUUUGUUUUCACUUGUUUAACUACAUAUGUGUAGUUAAAAAAAUUUUUAGAGUAACAAAGUUCAAUAUUUAAAAUUACAGCAGAAAAAAUUAUUUACUAUUCGAUUUGGCUUCGCAAUUCGCUUCGCAUGAAAAAACUGGUAUUUGCACAGGCCUAUCAACAUCAUGCAACGUUUAUGUGAGAGGUUAUUUUAUCCAAAUUUUGACGCCCUAAAAUAUCGGUGCAACGAUUAUGCGAUAAAACAGGGUAUUUGCAAAUACAAAUAUCAAAUUUGAACAGUAA